UCUAAAUUCUUGAUGAUUCCUACCAGUCAGUGUUAAGGCUGUAUCGGUCUUUCACUCUGCACCAUAAAGGACAAACCGCCUGCGUGUUAACACGGACUUCAGGGUGAAACUUUUCCUCAAACGUCCUCCGGUUUGCUUGUUGUCCAGAAAAGCUGAAAAGUCUCGCGCAGCCCAGCCAGGAGACGCCAAAUUGUCGUGGAAAUUAGACAACACUCGCAGACUCGUCCUCUGAAGGAAUAUAUCACUGAGGGAAACGUAGAGCCCUGGGAAUAUCUAUAUGCCACCCAGAGAGGAUACAAAUUGGUUUCCAGGACAAAAAAACGACCUUGGCUAGCAUGGAAGAGUGGCAGCUCUCAACAUCAACUGAACACCAACUGGUGAAGACAAGAACAUGAUGUGUGGGGGAGAAAAGGGUUGUAUCUCAAAAGGUUUUUUUUUUCCUUGGGGGAAAAAACACACGACUCAGCAUCACUGUGGUGUCGUGUGUUCAUGCCUUGAGGCAUGUCAUGAACACAGAAAGUCAGAAGUUUAAAUGGAGAGAGAUGAUAUCUGAAAACCUGGCAGCAAUACAGUACAAAGACUCCACUAAUGAAGCCACUCCUCAUUUCAGAGAAAACGAAGCUCAAAGUUCAGUGCAAUCUCUCUCUCUGCGUUUGAGUUCAGGAAAAUGGCCGAGGCCAGUAUUUCAGUAGAUCAGCUUUCAGUGCAUCAGUUCAGCUGUCCAGUGUGUCUGCAUCUACUGAAGGAUCCGGUGACGAUCCCCUGUGGUCACAGUUACUGUAUAGUGUGUAUUAAUGACUACUGGGAUCAGGAAGAUGAGAGCAGAGUGUAUCGCUGUCCUCAGUGCAGAGACACUUUCACUCCAAGGCCUGUUCUACGCAGAAACAUCAUGCUGGCUGAAGUGGUGGAGAAACUGAAGAAGACUGAAGUCCAAGCUGCUUCUCCUGCUCACUGUUACGCUGGACCUGGAGAUGUGGAGUGUGAUUUCUGCACCGGGAGAAAACACAAAGCCAUCAAGUCCUGUCUGAUGUGUCUGGCUUCCUCUUGUGAAACUCAUUUAAGACCUCAUCUUGAAAUUCCUGGUUUGAAAAAGCACAAGUUGGUCGAAGCUUCUAGAAAUCUACAAGAGAAGAUCUGCUCUGAGCAUGAUAAAGUGCUGGAGAUCUACUGUCGUACUGACCAAAGCUUCAUCUGUUAUCUGUGUAUGACGGAUGAACACAAAAGCCACGACACCGUCUCAGUUAAAGCGUACAGAUCUGAAAAACAGAGUGAGUUAAAGGAGGAGCAGAUGAAAUCCCAGCAGAGAAUCCAGGAGAAGCAGAAGAAGGUGCAGGAGCUGAAGAGAGACGCUGCAGCAGUUCACAUCAUUUUACCCCCAGAACCAAAGAGCAGACAAGAUUUUCUGCAGUAUUUCUGUGAUCUGACUCUGGAUCCCAACACAGUAAAUUAUUACCUCAUUCUGUCUGAGAGGAACAGAGCGGUGACACGCAGUGAGAGAAAGCAGCAGUACUCUGAUCAUCCAGAGAGAUUUGACUACUACGGGCAGGUGUUGAGUAAGGAGAGUGUGUGUGGACGCUGUUACUGGGAGGUGGAGUGGAGCGGUGUUGGUGUGGACAUAUCAGUCUCAUAUAAAGACAUCAGCAGGAAAGGACAGGUUGAUGAGUGCUGGUUUGGACUCAACAAUCAGUCCUGGAAUCUGCAGUGUUAUUCUUCUUCUUCUCUCUUUUUCUAUCACAACAACAUUAAAACUGAUCUCAGAGUUCCAUCAUCCUCCAGAAUAGGAAUGUAUGUGGAUCACAGUGCAGGAACUCUGUCCUUCUACAGCAUCUCUGACACAAUGAAGCUCCUCCACAGAGUCCACACCACAUUCACUCAGCCUCUGUAUGCUGGGUUUAUGCUCGACUGUUAUGGAUCAACUCUGAGAUUAUGUGAUCCACAAUAAACUGGUGGUGUGUUUUUACUUUUCAUAUGAAGCACAAAAAAAAAAGCUGUAACAUGAAAUUUUCAUUAAUACUGUUAUCUUCUUUCCUCUGUCAUUUAGGACUUUUGGAUGUUAUAAUUGUGCCUAUUAUAAAGUAAAUCAUAUUAGAACUUUGUUUUGUUUCUUAAUAUAUCUUUAUUAAAAAUAAUACAGUUGAGUGUG